CGGCAAGCGCCAGAGGGACAAAAACACCCCGUUGCGAGAUGCGUGAGUGUGUAGCUAACCGUCAGUGGUGCUCAGGACCACAGUGACACAGCGUCCGGCUUCCAGAGCAGCUUUCUUCUCUUAAUGAAAAAAAGAUAAUUAUUGCCAUUUCAGAGAAAAGUGAUGCUCUGUCUGUAAAUUGGGACUGAAACUCGAAGACACUGCAGGUGAUCUGGGUCUGAGAGCACAGAGAUGCAGUAAGAUGGCGCUGGAACAGUUCAGUGAUGUGGUACAGAGAUGUCAACACGUGGAGGAUGAGAACUUCUCUCCUGCCGACUUCGACGUGUUCCGUGCGGCAGGGACGAGCUGCAUCGAGCAGGGACACGGCGCUCACGUCCUGAGCGUCGUCAUCGACGAGAAAAACAAAAGCGUCGUGCGCUGUAUGGGGUGGAACCUUCUGGAGCCGUUAGUCAAAGUUCUGCUGAAAAAGGAAGAGAAGAACCUGCAGCACUGUCAGGCCAUCUUCUCUCACUUACUGCAGGUGUGCAGUCCUAAAGAGCUGGUGAUUGGUCUGCUGGAGCAGGUGGAGGAAGUGGAUUCUGACGCUGUGACUGAAAUCAUCACUCUGCUGCUCUCACCGUUACAGACAGUGCUGCUGAAGCUGGGGAAGAGGAAAGCCUCGACUCUGGGCAUGGCUCUCAACACCCUGCUCAGUCAGGUGGCCAAACUUCCUGUUCCUAAGAGCCGAGAGCAGGAGGAAGACGACGUGUUCGGUUUGUGUCGCUGCCUCACGGCUCUGUCACACUUCAUCCGACCCUUCGUGGAGGAGAUCAAGGAAAACAUUAAGAAGCAUUGCACCAUCUCCAGGGACGAUGAGCUCCGUGUGGAGGUCCUAAAAUUCUGUAUGAAGAGUUUGAACGAGCCUCUGCUGGACGUCCAGCUGAAGGAUCCAGACACGAUGGAGACAUCUCCUCUGAGAGACUUCGCCACAGACAUCCUUGUCACUGUGAGUAGUAUCGGUGAGUCUCUUCUGGACUUGUUGUCUCACAAUCUUUUGCGGAAGCGCAACAUUCCCGGGCUCCUAGAGGAGGAAGUCCGAUAUCCGAAGGAGUCUCUGGCCAGCUUGGCUCAUUUACUGUUUGUGCACCACAUCGCCGUGGACCUGUUUCCUGCCGUCCUCAGCCCAGUGUUUGCCCUGCAGUGUAACAUGGAGCAUGUGGGGCUGUUACUCAGCAGAAAUGAAGAACUCCGGUUAAAGAAGGGACUGGAGCUGUAUGAGAAGACGCUGGUGCGAGUGGAGGACAGCAGCCUGCCCUGUGACCUUCUGGAUUUAAAAUCUUUCCUGGAUGUUCCACAGGACUUGGUUCGGGUGAUGACGUUGUGUCCUGCUCAGGAUGUGAGGACGAAAGGACUCUCGGUUUUCCAGCUGAGCAUCGACAAAUAUAACACCGAGGCCAAGUACAAGUUUUUCAGGUGCAUGCUGAAAACCAGCGAUCAUGCCGGAGUGGAAGGAUUCAUCAUCAAGAACAUCAAGAACCAGAUCGAUCUCGCGUUAAAGCCGGGUCAUGAGAACGACUGGUUCCUGGGGAAACAUCUCCUGCCUUUACUGCGUCAAGUCCUGAGUCUUCCUCAGGGACCAGAGACCGACCUGCUCCACAAUCUCGACAGGAUUAUGGAAUCUCUGAAUCUGCUGCGUUAUCUGCUGAUCAGAGAUAAAGAAUGGAGUAAUGAGACAGGAAUAUGGAGCGAGUUGUGUGCGAUCGAGGAGAAUUACCUGAAGCCCCUACGCACAGGUUUGAACAUGUCCCGGGCGCAUUAUGAGGCCGAGCUGAAGAGCACCAAGGGGAAGAACAACACCACAGCAGACUCCAAAGCGCCGGCCUGCACGGUUACCGUCGGCAACAACACGUUACCCGAUAUGACCCCAGAAAUGCAGCUCCAGGUUCUGCAGUCCGCGCUCUACAUGUUCGACCUGAUGGAGAGCGUCCUGGCCCGAAUCGAGGAGAUCUCCGCAGCCAAAGGACAGACGUAGACGUGUACGGCUAGACGCCGAUCCACCAGUCGCCUGCACUGGAGCUUUAAAACAAACAGUCGUUUAAACCGCAGCAGCAUAGCGAGAGAAAACGCGCUCAUGACGUGGCUCUUGACGCUCGCUCACGUGUAGUAGCAGCAGCUGUACCAUAAAUCUCACAUUGUUACUAGAAUCAUCCAGGAGCCGCUCGGAUCAUGAGACCGUUAUGUUUGUGUGUUUAAUGAUGACCUCAAACGAGUAAAAAAAAAAGUACACGUGACGGAACUGACGUGCGAAUGACUUUUGUGCUGAACGAAUGAGCCGAAUAUAUUUUUGAGAUUCGCUGAGCUGAAGAUUUGCCUGUAAAUAUUAAAUAAAGGAUUUUAUUCCUGGACAUUUAAUAAAACUGCAUUUUCAUAAAAGA